AUGAUAUUAACUGUCCAAGUGUGUCUGGCCAUGCGCGAGCAAUCCGUGGCCGUAAAGGGCAGACUGAUGUGCGGACCUCGGCCGGCUUCCGACGUCAAGGUGAAGCUGUGGGACGAAGACGACGGCCCCGAUCCGGAUGACGUCUUGGACGAAGGCGUCACUGACGCGGACGGCUUUUUCCAACUUUCGGUCGCGUUUUGUAUCAAUACCAAUCUUUUAAUCAACCGAUUUGAGGGAAGCGAACGAGAAAUGACCAACAUCGACCCGGUUUUCAAGGUUUAUCACGACUGCGACGACGGAAUCAAGGUUCAAGUCUUGAAUUUGGAUAUAACUUCAGCUUGAAAGUACACUGAUAGCAAUAUCAAAACAAUUUCCCAUGCUUAGCGCCAAAAACCAUCCUUUUCUUCACAGAAAUCAACUUCGAGACUUUAUAUAGUCGAGGUGCCACAAGUUGAAAUUUCAUGGAACGACACUCCGCUGUUUCGAUUUUGUGCGGUAGCGCGCAUCUGGCGAAUUUGCCAACUUCGGCCACGCUAAUUUUUUUUUUUUGGUUUUCAUUCUAAUUUUGAUCGUUUUUUAAUUGUUUUGUUCCUUUAAAAUGUAUUAUUAUCGUUGAAAGGGAUUUCGUUGUACAAAUGUAACAGAACACAGUAAGUUUCAUGACCUUUCUAGAAAAAAGCGAUAAAAAAAAGUUUGAAAAACGUCAUGUAUUCGUCAAUCGCUUUAAUAUUGUUUUUCUCGUUUCUCAAAAAAGUUUUCAAAGGUUUACCAAAAAGAUUUGCGGGUAAAAUAGGCCAUAAACCAGAGCUGUUCUCAAGCCGGGGCGACCCUGGCCGAGGCCGCUUCGACCCGACCGCGACGCGCCCCGGAGCGCCCCGGCCCGCGAAGCGGUUUUCAUUCAGGCCCCCGAAGCGAGCGCGAGGAUUUUUCCGUAUUUUUUUUGUUUUUUUAUUUCAGUUUUUUUCAUAUUGAAAAUGAAUGUUUAAGUUAUUUAUGAUCCAUGAAAAGUUUAAUUUUAUUGUUUUUGAUAGAAAUCGGGCUUUUUGAUUUCACUUUUUCGAAUCUUUUUCGUUUUUCUCGUUGUAAACAAAAAAAUAAUAUUUCAAAUAGAGGUUUGAAUCAAUUUUUUUGCGAAAAAUGAAAUUCCUGAUGAUGUGAAAAAUUUCAAAUUAUUUCUUAUUUAUUAUUUUGUUUUCUCUAGUUCUGUAAAUUGUUCUGGCCACUUAGAAAAACUAUUGAAUUUUUAGGAUUAAUAUCUCAUUUCAUCGGUUUUUUUCUUCUUUAUGUGCUCGAUAAAAAAAUGUUUUUUUCGUUUCACUUUCAUUUCAGUAAAAACUUGUGCUUCUUUCGCUUUCUUAUAAUUCGCAAAAAACCGGGAGUCAAAAAAAAAAUUUGUAUCUACGGGUCGACCGAGUUGACCCUUACCAAAGGCCGACCGCGGCCGCCCUCGAACACGCUGCAAAUCGGGGCGCCCUCGGUCGACCGCGGUCGCCCCGAGAACAGCUCUGCCAUAAACGACACAACAUUCUAAAAAAUUUUCUGUGUUUUUUUUUAAAGCCAUGUUUCAAUGUUUUCAUCGUUUUUUUUUUCUGUUUGCAGUGGUUAAUGGAUUUUUUCAGAAAGUGAGUGCCUUAUAAAAUGAAGACGUGUACUUCCAUGAGCCCUAUGAAAUAGCGAGAUCGGUUUCAGUCAAAAUAAGGUUAAAUCGACUACUCUGUUUUUGUUAUUUCACUUUUUAUUGCCAUUGGACAUGACUUUAUUGAGGGAAUCUGAACGAGAUUUCAAAGGUUGGCGAGAAAGGAAGAAGCUCACCCAUAGAGCUAUCCGUCAGAAAUGGGGCGUGAACAGUGGAAACGAUGUGCUGAACGAAAUGUCCAGAAAAACUAAUGAUUUUUUUCCUUUGAACUUAUGUAUCUGUUUUUACAAAUUCGUCAAUGUUGAGUUAUUCAGUUGUUUUUUUAAACAUUCAUUGUGUUUUAUUUCUGAUCGGGAUAUUUUUUUCACAUGAUUUGAAAUAUUACAAGUGAAAAAUGGAAGAAUGUUGCAUGUCAGGGACGUUGAAAUCAAUAUUAUAAACGCAUUUUUUUUCGCUUAAAGUUCGAAAAAUUAUUCAAUUUUAUAUGUUUCUAAUGAAACAGUCUAUCCACUAGCAAUGAUAAUCAUGAGUUUGGCACGAAGAAAACUAUUGAAACAUAAUUUAAAAAAACUAUUGAAACAUAAUUAAGUGAAAUUUUCAAAUGAAAGAAAAAAUGGAAAGCUCGACCGAAAUUCGCAAAGGCAAGUCGCUUUCACGACCACAGGCCACCAAGCGGAGUGUUGUUCCAUGAAAUUUCAAGUCGUGGCACAUCGACUAUAACUAGGUAAAAAGGCAAAAGCGUCAAAAAAUUGUUUUUGAAAAAAUCCGGAUGCUCUGAAGUAAGUUUGAGAUUCCUAGAAGUUUCGUUUCCUUUAUGAGGAAAAUCUCCCUUUUUUUUUAAUGAAUCUUCCAACUUUCAGCCUGGUCAGCGAAAGGUGAAGUUCCGGAUUCCGACCCAGUACAUUUCUCCCGGCGGCCAUGCCAAACGUACCUUCGACAUUGGUGUCCUCAACCUCGAAACGAUUUUCCCCAAAGAAGAACGAGACUUUAUUUGAUAAUUGAACUUUCUUACAUUUUUAUUUUAAUAAAUUAACAUAUAACAAACCGAAUAUGUUUUGAAGAUGUAUAAAUUACACGGUGUUUUUUUCAUUACGCAAGGUCAAGACUUUUCGUAAAUUAUGAUGCUUAGGGUGUAAGCACACCGAGACGCAAUAUCGAAACUCAAAAUGUUUUUUUUUCAAUUUUAGAAUUUGAGAUUUCAGGAUAAUAGUCCUGAAAUGUUCGAAAUUUGUCAGUUUGAAGAAUAUGAUGUGAAAUAAACAUUCACUUACGUUAAAAAACAUUUAGAAACGAUUUAAAAAAAGGGGAAAAACUCUAAAUUACUGAUUACAAAGUAAAAAAACAAAAAAAUAAUAUGAAGGUGAAGCAGCUCCCAUUGAAUAAGCAUUUAUAAAUACGAAAAAUAUUGAAAUGAGGAAAAUUCGAGGAGCAAAUGAAAAAAACAUUUUAUAUACCUCGAAAACCUAGUUUCAGAAAAACAAAUAAUGGAUAGAAAGCAGAAAUUUUAGAAAAAAAACCUCGUAUGGCGAAAUUUUUGUUUAAAUCCGAAAAACCAUCAAAAAACUAGAAAAAAAUAUAUAAUUUAGAUGAUGCAUAUAUCAAAAUCAUUAAACUGCAUCAGCAAAUUCAAUUUGGCUCUAAUUUACACGAAACCGGUUUCAAACUACGUCAAAGGAACUAGAUAAUAACUUUUUAUUAUUAACUGAUUAAAUUAAAAAAACUAUAGUUUCCAAAAAUAGAGUUACUCUUUUUCAUGUCGCGAAACAGAUUUCAAAAAUUUUGAAAAAAAUUAGGACUUUUUAGAAAAAAAUCUUCAGCUCUUUUGAGAAAAAAAGUUAAAGAUCUGAAACCGGUUUUAGAAAAAAAUGCGCAAUUUAAAGCUCCACAAGAUGUACCCAUAGAGAGGCGGAUCACAUAAAUGCAAGAAAUAGAAAAAAAGUAAAAAAACCAAGGAAAAAAAGUGAAGAAAUUCAAUUUUUUUGCAUCAGAAACCAUGAGAAGGGCUAACGGAUAAUAUGCCGCUGGGACCCAAAAAUUUCGCAUUUUCAUUGCGCGGAACACCGUGCCCUCUCAAAAAAUUUAAAAAUUGGAAAUGCAUUUUUUUGCUUUUUACUUUUUUUGAUGAAACCAAUCAAAUUCAAGAAAAAAACAUUUUUUUGAAGAAAAAAAUGUUUCAGAGAGCGAUAUAGCGGAAGACGUUUGCGACGUCGCAGCGAAAGGCGAGCCGGUUUUUUUCGCUUUUUCAUUCCUAUUUCAGUUAUUUAUUUAUUAUGUUCAUGUGUGCAUCGAAAAAUAGUAGAAAACAUUGUAAAAGAGCGGUUGCCGAGCUUUUUGAAUAGUCGGCGGCAAAUGAAUUGAACUCGUGCCAAGAACCGCGAACGCACACGCUACGCGUCCCGCCCCUCGCCCCGCCUCCUUCGCCUUUCAAGUCGGGAAACAUUGACUAUAAAUUAUACUCCUCAGCAUCAUUCCAUUAUUAUUUCAGGAGCAAGCCCGACUCGGCAUGCCACCUUCUCGACGGCCUUUUUCCGACCGGCGGAAUCCCGACGGACGCCUCCAGGACCUACGGGCUGGCCCGAGUCUUCCUAGAACUCUGCGAAACUGUCCAGGACGCGCCGAGCGUCCUCGAUGCCUUGAAAUCGUCGAAAAGACAUUCGGAAAUGGUGAGUUUUGCUCGAAAUUCAGUCAGUCAGAAAAAUACCUGGCCGGCAAGGUUCUUUGUUUUGUUUCGUGAAAUUCUUUUUUGUAUCGGAGGAAGAUUCUGAAUAUCUCAGCUUGCAAAAGCUUAGUUCUUGUAAAUAGGCUUAAAAUAGCCUAUUCCAACAAAAUUUAUAGGUUUCCUUGUCUAUAAGAUAAUAUUUUUCGAAAACUAGAAAGUUUUGCAGCUUGAAGUGUUCAGAACCAUAACGUGCUCCGUCGAGAAAUAUUCUAGCCGAUUUUCAAAACAUCAUGAAACUCUCCAUGGAGUGUUGCGAUUCACACAAAAAAGGCUUUUCAACUUCAUAAAAAUCUUUUUUUUUCAUUGGGUUUUUCAUUAUGGAGAACCUUCGGAAGUGAAAGAAAGUAUAUAACCCCCCAAAAAAAAAGCUCAUUUCCUUGAUUUUUUUCAUUUACGAAUUUGGAGAAAUAAUCUUUAUUUUUUUGCUUCUGGACAUCAAUAUGGAUACAAUUUAUCACAUAGACUUGUUUGAAUUGCAAAAACCUCAUCAAAUUUUCCGCAGUGACUGUAAUAGUCAAAAUUUUCUGGUUUCAACUGUUAAUGGUCGAUUUAAAAAUUAUAUUCAUCAAUUUUCGCUCGAAAACAUUUGCCCUCCUUUUCAUCAUUUUUAAGGAUCUUUUGAAUUUUUUCCGACCAAGUUUCCAUAUUUCUCCAUCAAAUUUCUAGAACCGACCUAUUUCUACAGAAAAUUUUGCGAAAAAGGGGAAUGUUCAGUUUUUCACUCGUUCGGUCCUCCUAUUGAACAGAACGAACGGUGACUUCUUCACAGUUUGAGCAGAGGACGUGUAGCAAUCAACUUGAAAUAUUUCGUGAAAAUUCAUUUUGGGACAGCGCCUCAGUACUUGUCAGUAGCCUCUAAAACGCGGAAUUGAGCAACUUGAACCACUUCUCGAGAAUUAUUUCUAACGCGCCAAUUUCUGGAAUAGUUUAAACUAGUUUAGCAGAUAAUAUAUGCCAUUAUGAAUAGGAUGAAUUGAACUUUUCGAAUUAUCACGCAGCCGAAAAAAAAACUAGGAAAAUGAGCUUCCUAUACAUAUGAAGCGCACUUUAUUAGCUUCCGUUGAAGCGUUUUCGAAACCGCUUUUUUCACUCACUCGAAAAUAGCUAACGGUGUGCACUUUCAAGUUCAGUCGGAAUUUGCAUACGGUCAAUCAAUGAAUAGCAUAAAGAGGCUAACUUUCUGCUAUUUCAUUACUCUUUGUAUGCACUCCGAUACUAUCCCAAUGCCCUCUGGAUUCGAGAGUGCUGACGAAGCUUUGGAAGUAUGCUGCCGGAUAGCACUCCGAUAGCGCUCUCUCCGCGUAUCCUAUUUGUUGACGGACGAAGUGCAUACCCCGAUUGACCUUAGUUUUUUGAAAAUAAGAAUUUUUGGGCAAUUUCUAAUUAUACACAGUUGCAUUUCCAACUAGACCGCUGAGUUUUCUUUUUAUUUCCUGUUAAAUUUUGACUGUUCAUGUGUUUUUUAAUUUUAUUUUUACGACUUUUCCGACUUUUUCACACCGCUAAGGAACUUUCCGACGGCGACGUUUGCGAUGAAUCUCUUUCAAUUCAAUUAUUUUACUUUCGCAACACCGGGAUGGUAUGGUGAUGUUGCAAAUAGGGAAAAAGACCACUAGCUGGAUUAACUGACCACACGUUUGAAGAAAAAAAAUUUGUAUGAGAGAAGAAACAUAAAAUUUCCCACUUUCUUAUCAUAUUUCUUUCGGCCUGUCAAAACCUGAACUGAAAGUUUCAGAAGCUUAUGUAGUUGUUGUGAUGAAAGUAUCUCAACGGUCUCGAGCUGGCCGUAAAUAUUCAAUUCAAUUCAAUUUAUUCAGUCUUCAGUGUAAGAUGUAGAAAAUCUCUGCUGAAUUAUGGUAUAAUCGAAGAGUUAGUCGUCGGCGCGGGUUACGGUCCACAAUCGUUGUCCAAUAAGCCGUGGUGUGACAGCUAGUGUUGGGAAAUGAUGUGGGCCCGUUGGUAGCAUCGCUUGACACGCAGUAAAUAUGCCACAACUAAAUUAACACUCUUAAUCUCAGAAUUUUAUAGAAAAAAAAAAACAAUUUUCCAGGAGAAACCCCGAGAUUGGUCAUUUUCGCAGAGCCGUCACCUUCAAAUUUAG